GAGACACGACGAUACUUGUAGUAUUAAAAGAAUUUUUAAAUACACCUACAUAUAAUCCUUAACUCUCAUAUAUCCAGUGAACUUCUUUAUUUUGUUUACAAGCGUCAUUAUAUAUUACCAUAUAUGACUGAUUGGAAAUUCCCACUGAAGUAUUUUGGUGAAAUUGUCAGUGCAGAAUGCCUACAAGUUUAAGAAUCGACCUCAAAUCUCCAAAAUCCAGUUACAAUAUUAUUUCUAUGAAAAAUCGCUCUAUUGAAAUAAACGCUCCUUGGUCUCUAAACGAAGGAAAAGAUUAGUAAAAAAAAUAUAACAUAACUGUAGAAUAGCUUUUUUGUUUAAAACGCAAAUUAGUUUAGAUGAGUUGGUGAUCAGCUGUAACGUCAUGUAAAAGGAGUAGGGGUCAAUAGUUGGAAAUUCCAUAUCCCUCCUCUGACUCCUUUUCAAAACACAUGAUGAGUUGGUGGCAAUCGAGAAUCCUUCAGUUAGUGCAGUUUUCUAAACGUUAAUAAAUAGUUGAUUUUAAUUUUGCCAACUCUACUUGGUAGCUUGGGGAAAUGGCUUCUGGUAGUAAACGUACUACGAUGAAAUAUAUAUAUAAUUUACCUUAUCGGGAAUACUAUAUGUUGUGUCGUUAUUUGAAUGCGGAUGACACAUGGGAAGAUGUUGCGGGUAACUGGAUGAAUAUGGAUGUGUUAACAAUUAUGGAUUUGCGAAGGCAAAAGAAUCCAGCUGAAUAUGUUUUGAAUCUUUGGGGUCAUGAAAAUCACACUAUAGUUGAAUUAUUUGUUAUAUUUCACAAAAUGAAGUUCUAUGAGCCAAUGAAAUUAUUGCAGCCAUACGUGAGUCCUAAGUAUCAUUAUUUGUUACAUGAUGUAGAAAAGUGUCUUCAGAAAUCAACAUAUAAAAAACCAGAGCCUGAUAGAUACUCAAAGGACAUGAAAAUUGGAGAGCAAAAUUGUAAUUGGAAACAGCCUGCAGUUUCCGAUCUAAUCAAAUUAUUAUCAGAGACUUCUACUAAGAAAGAUCAUUGCAUGAAGAAUAAAGUCAUGCUGCAAGUACCAGUAAUAGAAGUUCCACAACCCCAAAGUGAUUCUAAUAAUUUAAAUGUGGUUUCGCCUAAAGCAACACCUCUACAUGACUUAAGUAUAGUAAAUCAAAUUACUAACACAUCUAAAAAGAAUAACAAUGUAUUAUUUACAAAAAAUGAAAUUACACUACCACAAGCUACAUACGAAGAACUUGUAGUUGCUACUGACAUGUGGAGUAUACAAAAUGUUUUGAGUAAAGGCAGUUUUAGUACGGUAUAUAAAGUUUUUAUCAACUAUAAAUUAAAUGUUCUAGGACAAUGGAAAAAUACAGCAGUGGCAAUAAAAAGAAUGGCACCACGUAAUCCAUCCUCAGACCAAUAUUUAAGAACAGAGAUUCAACAAUCAUUUACAGAAAUAAAAAUUCUCAAUUCGCGUCCUCACGAAAAUAUUUUACCACUUUAUGCAUACAGCCUGGAUGGAGAGACACCCUGUCUCAUUUAUCAACUGAUGCAAAAUGGAUCCUUAGACGAUGCUUUGCGUCUAAGGGGAAAUUCUGAACCACUCAGUUGGUUGCAACGUCAUGAAAUAGCUGUAGGAACUGCUAGAGGAUUACAAUAUUUACAUACAAUUGGAGAUAGACCAUUGAUUCAUGGCGAUAUCAAAAGUUCUAAUAUUCUGCUUAACAGAAACUUAGAGCCAAGACUUGGUGACUUUGGAUUAGCACGAGAAGGACCAGAGAAAGCAGAUAUGCUAGUGAGUAAAAUUCUUGGGACCAAACCUUAUUUACCUGACGAUUAUCUGACUGACAGAAGAUUGUCUACAAAAAUAGAUACUUACAGUUUUGGCAUCGUCUUAUAUGAACUGGCAACUGGUCUUUUAGCUUACGAUAAUAGUAGACCACAGCACAAAUUUCUUAAAGAGUUUGUCAAAAACUUUAAUAAAGACGAUCAAGCGCAGAUUAUGGAUAAAAAGGCUGGAACAGAGAUGAAAUCUAUUUUCAUCAAUUUCAUACUAUUAGGAAAUUGGUGCACGAACAAGCUACCAAAGGAUAGACCAGAAAUGGAGCCUGUUUUUAGAAAAUUAAAUAAUUUAUAAACAUUAGAGAAUUCAAUCGUUAAAAAUAUGCGAUAAUUGUAAUAUAAAUAUAUUUUUACAGAAUUUAUUAUUUCAUGAACUAGUAAAUUAUGGAGAAUAUUCAGUUUUUCCGUGCUAAGAUACAAUAUCUAAUGAUACAUUUCAAUAAACGCACGGUAAAAAAAUGAACUUAUAAGAAUAAAAAUAAACUACAAAUUGUAAAAAUCA